GACACAGCUAAAAAAAAUUAUUUUAAUCAGCUGCCAUCUAUGGCCAUUGUCCUAUCAAAAUUUCCGAUGAUCAAUUGUCAUACGGAACAAUUGGAAUACAUCUGACUCGGCAUCCCGUUCAAUUAGCCGACAAAGAGCAAUGGACAAUCGUAAGAUGUCCUAUGUGGACGUCGGAACCCUGGGAGUGACAGUCGAGGAGUUGCACGAGAUCCUUGAUGUCAUCAGAAGAGACUACAUCCUUAACAAACAGGAUUGGGAGAGAAAUCGCCCCCUGUUCUCUCCGGAGGAGGAGGACGCACGUGUUGCUGCCAUUCUGGACCACGACCCAGACUUCAACCGGAAGCACUGCAUCAUCUGCUGCCUACAGUUCUCCAUCCUCCCCUUCUUCUCAGACCAGAGGAGUGUGAAGUGUGACGCGUGUAAAUUCCUGGUGUGUCACUCCUGUUUUGUCCAUCAGACGGCAACAAAUGCAGACUACAGAAAUAUGUGCAGACAUUGUGCAGAGAAAAGACGUUUGAAGAAUCACGUGAUGGGAUGGUUUGAGGAGAAACUGCACGAGAGAUUCAAAACAGCAGGAGCUACCAAGGUCAAGAGGUCAAUCCUCAAGUUCAUCGAACAGGGCUACUUCCGUCACGUGAUCGGGAGUGAGUUGAGUGGCAUCCUGAAGUCCACUUCUUCUUCUGGAGGAGGGGCAAAUCACAUGGAAAGUAGUGGAAGUGACAACAGCGACGACGAAGACGACAUCCCAUUGGCCACCGAAACCAAAGUUUCAUUAAAAGUCCCCCGGAAAAACACAUUACCAGUCAUCAUCCCAGAUGUCUCCGCUCUAUCCACCAUUUUGGAAGCAGAAGAAGCCUCAAGUCCUGUCCAACCGCCUCCUGAGAACAUUCUAGAAGAAUCUCUUCAUGUAAAUGACGUCACAAAUACUGAAUCCGAAUACACAGAAACUGAUUUCACCGAAACGGACACUGAAAGCGCUUCAUUCGCUUACAUCGACACCCAAGCACCUCCCCCUGCUCAAUCCAGACACAAAUCCAGGAGCCUAGGUUCGAAUCCGUGCAGUAACCUUUCUAAACUACCUCAAAAACCUUCAGAUUCAGAGCAAGAUUUUUCGUCCAAGCAGAAUUCGGAUUUUGAAAAUGUGACCACUGGUUCAGACGGGAGUGGUUAUGAUUACGUCACAGGACCUGAUGACGUAACAGGAAAACAGAAACGCCUGAGAAAAUCGAGAGAUCUGAAUGCAUUGCAUAACUCUAUCAAUGCUGAAAACUCGGAUUUUUCAAACAUCUCAAAUGGUAAUCAAGGACAAUUGAACGAGUCCGGCUUCGACGAUGUUGUCCAGGCUGACACGAGUGUGAACAAGAUUGACUCGAGUUAUGAUGAAAUAAACAACCAGCAAGCUAAACGAGCUCCGAGCUCAUUCUCGGAUAUCAACAGUUCGGACGUAGAGAUCAUGUACACGUCGGCAGCAAAUCAGCGACUGAAUUCCACUGCUCCAGUUGGGGGUUCGGAUUCGGAGGGGGUGGUUGUCACUCUGGACGAGAGUGUGGGUGGAGGGAGUGGGGCGGAGGCGGAUCAGUCGGUGCAGGAUUUGAUCAUUCGUAACCAGAACGUGGAAGACAUGACACUCGGAACCUCCACGACCGAAGACGACAAUGAUGAGCAGAACGAAGUGACUUCUUUUGUGUUUGAUGAAGAGAAUGUAGACAUUGUAGAGAAUGCUAUUGAAGAUGAAGAAAAGGAAGAAGACUCGCUGGUAGAAGUGAGUCAGAUAGGGGAGGGCGAGGAAGAAGAGGAGAAAUCGGAUAUUUCGGAUUACCUCUUUGUACAAUCAGACAGAGAAAGAAUCGACAUCCACCGGGAAUUGAUCAACAGAUUAAUUGCCGGUACCCGCAAACGAAUCAGCGCCUUCGACAUUCAGAACAUAAAGGAAGUUUCCCCUCACAAGUGUUACAUAAUCCGAGACGAGGCUGAUCUCGAAAAGGAAGUAAGAACCGACUUCAAGAUCUCGGAAAAUUCCACCCAGCUAGCCGAUCCAAUCUUGGCCGAACUGAGUUUCAUCAGCGAUUUUUCCAGUCGGUUUAGUGGUGAAUGGCUAAUCAGUGCUUCAUCGACUACUGCUUUUGAGUCCUCGAUUCUAGACGAAACUGAAGAAGAUGAAGAUGGUGAAGACGAAUUGAAUUCAACCAUGGAAGCCGAAAAGAAGAACGAAAGUGAGGUUUCGGCAGCCAAUCAGAAUGUAGAUCAAGCAGACGAAUCGGACGAUCAAAUAAUUGUCCAAACAGUAGCGGCCAAAGUCGAAUCACAGCCUGAUGAAAUUUUUGAAGGACUGAACUCUGAAAACGAACAACAAAAAAUUCCUCUUGACCAGGAAAAGCUGUUUGGAUCCAGUGAGGAAAUCAAAGCUCGUGAUGUGUUGAAUGGUUCUUCGGGGUCUUACACAACUGUAAGUACAGUAGCUGAAGGACCCGAUCUCAACGAAGUGGACGAAUCUGUUCUCGAGGAGUUUUCUCGAGAUCCGAAAAACGAGGACUUGCAAAGUGGACAACAAGAUAUUUUACCAGACGACAACGAGGAUGACCAAAUUGAAACAGAAAUUUUCAUGCAGCAACUGGUCAAUGGUUCUCUUCAAGACGCUGUGAAAGACAACGCAGAGAGCUCGAAACAAUUUAGAUCCUCUUCACUUAGUCCACUUCCGCGCAUCUCGAGCUACAACUCAAUGACAUCGAAUCGAAACGAGGAAGAGACGCUGUCUAAACUGGAAACUGCUCCUUGGGAAGACGAAACGUCACACAUAUCUGACGCUAGUCAUAUUGAAAUGCGACCCGAAAAGCUGAUAACCGGCAAUGAGCUCAAAUUUGACCUCACUGAAGACUUGAGGGAAACUUCCAAAGAGAGCGUUCAGCUGGAGAAUUCUACGGAUGAUUUCCAAACGGCAUCUUCUGGCUCGGAUAACGAGAAUUUUGAAGCUGUCGUUGACGUAAUCGAUGAUGAAAUCGGCGGCUCAGAAAUUCCUCACGAAGAAAACAUUGAGGUGGAAGAUGUUGCCGGUGUUGAAUCGAGACCUCGAGACAUGAACUUGAACAUUUCUUUAAAUAGAUCAAUCAGCGGAGACAAAAAAUUCAGUGAUCACGUUUACUCGCAUGUUAACAAAGAAGACAAACCGCCGAGGUAUCCGCAACAUGUAAAAAGACCUUCGACUGGGAUCUCGGAAACCCUCGCCGAUACUCCUAGGAGCGGCAUCAGUUUUAUGAGUAACGCGAGUAGUAAUAUGGACCACCAGCCCAAGACUACAGAUCAAUUGGAGAAUGACUUCUCGAAUAUUCUGUAUUCAGUCCAAGGUCAAGUCCAAAACGCAACUAUGACCGAUAGCGAGUCGAGGCCAAGCGAAGAGAACGAAAUCUCCGCGACAAAUGCAAAUGACCUUGAAAACGAAAACGAAACCGCAGAAAUAAUGAAUCAAAGUCAAGAAAUGCUAUCGUUUGACGAGUUCUUAAAAGAAUCGGCAACUACGCCAAAAUUCAUGUACGAAAAGAGCAAAACUCGGAGUAUGACCGAAGUUUCGAAGCCUGAAACUUCAGUUGAAGCUGAAAAAACGAACUUGCAAAGACCGCAGUCGCUUUUUACGAUUCCUGGUGACACUGACGACAAUUCAUUAGGAAGUAGCAGUCGGUUCGACUCGGUUCCUGAGAAACUCUUUGAACACUGCGAUGAUAAAUCUAAGCAUAAAAAGAAGAAAAAAUGGUAUUCGUUUUUGAAACCGAAAAAGAAGAAGAAAUCUGACUUGAAUAUUGUACAGGACACUCGGAGCCUCGGAGGUGAAUCUUUGUCGAGAUCCGAAACGCAAGCCAGCUCCAAUCCAUUUCAGAGUUUAGACAGAAAUCGAAUGAACAGAAUUGAUAGAGACAUCGAAACAGAGCUUCCUAAUUUGACUUCUACAGAACACAACGAAACACAAAAUACCCCUGAAACAAACAUGCAAGAUCUAGACGAUGAUCCACCUAGCGCUGAUCUAAUUGUUGCGCUGGAUAUAGAUCAAGGGCGAUCUAUUAUCGAGACAUUUGGUUCCGCAGAUCAGACAAACCUUGAAUUUGGUGAAGUAAGCGAACUAGUUGAAGCUCUUUCGCUCGACUCUUCGGUCGAAAUUGAUGAAAACGAACCCUUGCGAGGACAAGUGACAAAUUCUUCGGAUAUUCUGGUUCCGACCAUCACUGUUACACCCGAUGAUACCCGAGAGGAAAUCGAAAUUGAUUUAGAUGAAGUUGAAGAUUUCAUUGAAAGUGAGAUGAAAGAAGCAGAAAUGGCCACCGACAGUAGCGACUCGGAUGAAGAUGACGAAGACGAGCAAUCUGAAAAUGGUGAAGAAAACGUGAAAACAAGUAGACUAAGCACGGAAAAUGAUAUCGAAAUUAAGGAAACUGAUGCGGAUGAAUAUUUGGACAAGAAUGAACAAAAUGACAAAUCAAUUGCAGACGAUGUGAAAAUCAAUGAGAAAGAUGUUGAAAAUAUUGAAAAACCUCAUGAAAAUGACGUUCAAUUUGCUGAAGAACCUGAAAUGAUCGAUGAAGUUAAAAACAACUCAGACGUUCAAACUGUUCCUGAAGAUUUAGAUGAAACUAGAAAAGAAAAUAAACCACUCGAAUCGAAACCAACAGACCCAGCCGACGAUUACGAAACAAACAAAAACACAGUCGACAAUGAUUUGAGCAGCAAUGAAUCUGAUAACAGUUGGACGACUUCUGAAAUUAAUUCAGAAUUUGAGCAGCCUCAAGUUGAACCGCAGACUAUAAAACAAGCUCAAAUAGUGACGGCUUCUGAUAUUUCACUCGGAACUCAAACGGAUUCAGAGAGACAGCGUUUCGAAAAAGAUGAAUUUGAUAGCGAAAAUGGUGAUCUGAAUAGGACUCUUGAAGUUGAAAUUGAACCUCAAGACAAGUUGAUUAUAAUUGCUACAAAAGACGCCGAAAAAGUUGAAAGUAUUUCCUACGAUGAUGCCAAAAAUAGAGCUGAAUUGUCUCGAUCGCCUUCAAACACAAGUGCAGGGAUCAGUGAAAUCAACACGCUGAGUCAAGCACCGAUGGAUCUGAUCUCAGAGCUAAAUGAUUCCAAGAACUCAAAGCAGAGUGACAAAAAUAGUCAGGAUGGAUCUCCAAAGAAUCAGAGCUCAAAAAUUUCUGUGAAAGUUGGCGAUCAAGACGACGAUGAUGUUGAUAAUGAAGAAACCGAUGUUGACGAAAACAGCUGGGCGUCACAACAUGAAAAGAUUUCAGUUCUUGAAAACUCUCAAGGUCAAAACAGCUUCAUUGAUGUAAAUGAGAUAAGUCGCGCCUCAGAAAAGUCAUGGGAUAACAUCAAUUUACGCAGUGGACAUUUGAACCCGGAGGAAGCUCAAACAAAAGCGGCUCUUGAGGUGUCUGAAACAUCUGGAAGUGAGUUCGAAGAUACCGAUGAUCCAAAUAAGGAAACUGCAUACGUCGAUAUGAGCGGUAAAAUGACUCCACCGAGCUUGGAAACUAAUUUAGAAGAUAAAAGAAUUGAAGAUGUUGUACAGAUCGAAACAUUAAACAACAUCGAAUCGACACCUCAAAUCUUAGACACAAAACUGGGUCUUCAUGAGCUGGAAAAACAAGACGAGAAUAAGGAUAAUUCAGUAAUUGAUAACGCGAACGUUUCAAAUGGCUCUAAAGGUUCCCAAAACCAUCUCAAAAACAACUUAAUAGAACUCUCACAAGAUCAUAACGGUUCUGGACAAGCUGAAAAUCAUGAAGCGAGCGAAAAACAUGAUUCGAAUGUCAGUUUAGAGCAGGUCAUUUGCAAAACUGAUACAGAUUUCAAUACCGAUUAUGAUAAUGAUGCUAAGCCAAAUGAAAAAGAAAAAUCAUAUUAUGGAUCCAGUAGUGAAUCAUUGAAUACCCCACAUAACCAAAGUGACGUAAUUGUGGACACGUUGGCUAGUGUAGAAACUUCUAGAUUAAGUGAACAAGAAGGUGUCAAUCAAGUUGAAGAAUCUGCAAAAUCAGAAGAUAAUAGAUUGGUUGCGGAUCGGCCUGGAGAUCAUAAAUCUUCAGAGAAAGGCGCUGUAGACUUGAACGCGGAAAUACAUUCAAGUGAUCAAUUAAAUUUUGAACCACACCUAGGCGAUGACUUCGAAGGUCGUGAUGGUAAUGAAGAAAUUACUCACACUAGUCUAGAACCAGACCAAGUUUCACGAAGCUCAUCAGAAGCAGAAGCUGGUGCAAAUUUCGACAUGUUUGAUGAUUCCGAUAGAAUUCCUGAUGAGGACUUUAGGAAAGAUUCGAGUCCAUACAUUAACAUGAAUGAAAGAAUGGCGCCUCCCAGUUUGGAGCGAUCAGUCGAAAACACGAUUCAGACAUUGGACGAACAAGCUAAAAACAGAGAAAAAAUUGAUGAAGCCAAAAGCGGAGAGAAAAUCGACGAAGCGAAAAGCGGAGAGGAAAUCGAUGAACCCAGAAGUGGAGAUCAAAUUGAGGAUGAAUUGAAAUCAGAACCAGAUAUCGUACAACCAGAAAAAGAUGAUAAACUGCAGAUUCUCCCAGAUAUACAAUUUAAUCAAAGUUCAGACAUUUUGAUAAACGAUUUCAACGAUCUGCGCGCUACGCCAAAUGAUAGCGUAACCGAAUGCUAUGUUGACGAAAAAGAGGACGCGAAGAAAGAAGCUUCUCACUUUCUGCUAAGUGUAAAAAGUGGACUGACACCCGGAGUUAGCCCUGGAUCUACUAGUCGCAAAAGUUUCCUCCCUUCUCUUUUGGAGCCUCCGAGUAAAGACGAUAGCCUCGACACCGAUUUUGAAUUUUCUGACUCAUCUGAAGACGAGAAUAAAGAAAAAAACAGCAUGAAAGAAAACUCAACUUUGGAAAAGAGCGAGCUGAGCUCAGAAGCUCUUAAGCAAGGCCAGCAAAUUGAUUCUCAAUUUAAUCAACUCGAAGGGCCAGUUUCAAAAGUAGACGAAGAAAAGGUUUCACAUUCCGCUACUAGAAAUUCGACAUUGGAAUCAGAUGCUCUAAAAAUAAGUCAGACAUCUGUAAAUUUUAAUCCAACCUAUACAGAUGUUCCAGUUACUGCAACGCCUGUUAAUACACCGACAGAAAUCCGUCCCACUUUGGUAGCUUCUCAAAGUAGUUUUCCAGGUAGAAGUUCUGGAGUGAUGGUCGCACCUGAAAAAGUAUUCAAACGAAAAGCGAGUCCUUCGCCUAUGCGGAAAGAUGACAAAGAAGACAAAUCAAACUCUAAGAAAUCGAAAUCAAAAAAGAAACAAAUUCCAGAAUCAGAUUUAACACUGACGCUAGAUGAUAGUUUCUUUGAAAAACCAAAACCUUCACUGGAAAUCGAAGAAGCACCCUUGCCGCCACCAGUGGAUCCUCCUAGUUGGGAAUCAUCUCCAGGAGUUGCAGAGCGAGAACCGAAACUAAACCCAUUUGUUGCUCCUCGACGUACGGAUCCUCUGGUCGCUGAACUGAAGAAAUAUCACUCAGAUCAUGGAAUGAGUAUUUCGAGCACCGAAUCGGAAAGCGAAUUUAAAAGGUCAAUUGAAGAGGCCAACCCUAAAAGUUUCCUUGUUGAAGCUGAAAUCAAUUUUGACAAUGUACAACAAGAUCAGGAUAAUAAAUUGAAUUCACAACCGGAAGUUCACUUUGACCUAAGAGAGAGUAAAGAAGGCCUUUUAAAUUCAGAUUCAAACAACCCAGAAAUUAAUUUAACCUCCGAUAGUAACAUUGAGAAACAAAUUCCUGAAUUGGAUUUGGAAAGUUCCAACUUCGAUAAUAAUGAUCAGGAGAAUUUCCGAUUCACGCAAUCGGUUGAAAAUGGUGCAAAUUUUGAAGCAACAACUCCUCAAGAGGUUAUAAGAAUGUCAUCAGUUUCAGCUUACCCUGGAGAAGAUACUCUAUUCAACCCUGGAUUGAAGAAGUACGCAAACACUGAGUUCUUGAACAACUCUGGAAAUUUGAAUGAAAUUUUAAAUGACGGUGCGAAAAGCGAGAUGAGCGAAGAUGUUUCCAGAGACGAAAUUUCUAUCACAGAUGAAAAGGAGCAACAAAAUUCAAGUCUGGCGGAAGCCGAGUUUGCUUCCGAGACCAUUUCGGAUUCAGAAAACGAUCAUUCGACGACUGUUUUUGAUUCCUCAGUGGACGAGAAAGAUUUCACGAAAAUAAAAGCGGGAAGGGCAUCAACUCUCAUCGAAUCAGAUUCUGAAAACGAACCAUUCAAAUCAAAAGACGGUAAACAUUUUUCUGAAAAAGAUGAAAAUGAUAUUAAUGUUGACAAUAAAAUAUUGGACAAAACUCUAGAAGACGAAUCUUUGAAAGAGAGCGAACCAAAUAGUUAUGUAACUACCGAUUUUGACUCGAAAGACUUAUCCGAAGCUUUCAAGAAAACCACAGAAAUCAAUCUAGAAAUUUCGAAACACGAUAGCCGAAAUGAAACAAUUGACGAAAGCGACCUUGAAAUUGAACUUAAAACUGAUCAAGUUGCGAGUCACACAGAAAACAGAGAUGAAAAGUUGAAACAAAUCCAAGACAAAGAACCUUCAUUUGAAAAGAUCAACUAUGAAGUUUUCAAAAUUUCAAACUCAAUCGACGAAAUUUCUCUUGAAGAUCUAUCUGGAGACCAAAAAACGAGUGAAAAUAGAUCUGAAAACGAAGAGUUGGCAGAUCCGGUUUCAGAAGAAGGUUUUCACGUUACUUCGCGAGUUCUGAAAAAAGAUUGUCGGAGAAAACUGGACAGGCAGUCAACUGGAGAUUCUGAAGUUAACGAUGGACUCUCAGAAGAUGAAAAAUCUUCAAUCGACAAAGAUACGAGCCUUGUUAAUACAGAAUUGAAUGACAGUAUUGACAAAACUGUGAAUGAAAGUGAUUUUGAUGUCGAAUCAAAAAGCAAACUAAACGCUGAAGUUGACAUUGACAUGCUAAAUGUGUCGGAUGAAGAUAACGAAAACCAAAAAUAUUUCAAGAAAAUAGAAUUUCAGCCUUUCGGUUCCAAUGAAAGCUCAAAAUCAGAAUCACAAAACUCUUCGAAACUUGAAACAGGUGAAAACUGUUUGCAUGAACCUGUGGACGAAAACAAUUUAGUUGACGAGGAUUCGUUUGAAGCGGUUCUGAGAUCAAAAAUAGAUGUUGAUCUCAGCUUUCACGAAAAAGAAAAAGAGAAAACAAGCGAUGAACAGAUCAGCCCUGAGAUGAACGAAUUAAAAAAUGACACGUCACAAGUCAGAAGCGUGGUUGAAAAUGAUUUCGAAGUUGAAAGCAAACAACCUGCUCUUGAAAGCAAAAUUGAGAAAUUGGAUGACUUUGAGUUUUUUGGAAAUGAAAACUUUAGAAGAAUUGUGUUUGUUCCUCACGAUGUUUCUUUUAGCAGUGAUGACCAGUAUUGUGGAAGCAAAGAAGGCAAAGAUAAGAGAGAUUUAAUUGACUUCGCUGAAAAUUCCGAGAAGGAGUUUUUCCCAGACGCCGUCGAGGAAAGUUCGGUACAGGUUACAGUAAGAGGAAAACUGCAGCCUGACUUCAAAAAUCCGGAGCUUCAAAAACUCAAUACAAAUGAUUCCAUCGAUAGUAACCGAGGUUCUGGCCAUAAUGUUAAGGAUGAUAACGAAUAUGAGCUAGAAAAUGACACACUUGAAGAUAAAAGAUCAACAGCACACGAGGAAAAGCUGGUUUUGGAAUCCGAAUUAAACAGAAGUAUCGAAAAAAGUAUAAACGAAAGUGAUUUCGAACUCGAAUCAAAAAUGAGGUUGAAUGCUGAAGUUAGUCUUGACAUGCUGAGCGCUUCAAAUGAAAAUACCAAAAAUCAAAAACCUUUCAACAAAAUAGAAUUUCAGCCUUUUAGUUCUAAUGAAAAUUCAAGAACAAAUUCACAAAAUUCUUCGAAAAUCGAAAGUGAUGAAAAUCCUCCACAGGAACCCGCAAAUGGAAAAAUUUUAGUUGAUGAGGACUCCUUUGAACCAGUUUUUAGGUCCAAAAUGGAUGCUGAUCUCAAUUUUCACAAAAGCGAUGCAGAUAAAUCAACCGAUGAAGUAAACUCAUCUCAAGUUUCAGAAGUUAACGAAUCAGAAAACGACUUGUCACAUGUCCGAGGCGUAGUUGAAAGUGACUUCGAAGUUGAAACCAAGAAACCUGCACUUGAGAGUAAAACUGAGAAACUGGAUGACCUUGAAUUUUUCGGAAGUGAAAAUUUUAGAAGAAUUGUGUUUGUUCCACACGAUGUUUCCUUAAGCAGUGAUGAUCAGUCUCACGGGAGCAAAGAAGACAAAGGAAAAUCUGAUCUGAAUGAUUCCUCUGAAAAUGUUGAUAACCAAUUUUUGCCAGAAUCUGUGGACGAAAAUUUGAUUGAGGCUAGGACUAGAGUCAAACUGGAGCCCGACUUGGAAAAGUCAGACAUCGAAAAAUCACUUGAAGAUUCUUCAAUCAAUACUUCCCAAGAUGGCCAUGAUGAAAGCAAUAAUGGCAAUUCUCAGUUAAACUUAGAUUCCGAACAAGAACAAAUUAAACAAUCAGACAAGUUUGAUCAUGAACCAAUUGACAGAGAAAGCGCAGAAGCUGAAGAUCAAGCAGAAACUAUUUUGUCUAAGAUUGAACUUAAUGACUUUGAAGACACACAGGCACCCGAAAUCAAACAGGUUGAAAAAUUUGGCGCUGUACACCAAGAGUUCCGAAAACCUUCGGAACCCAAGGUUGACGGAACCGGAAAUCCUUCAAGUGUUCUGGGCAACUAUGGUUCCACCACGCAACCAUCAGUAAGUAUAUUUAAUGUACCAGAAAGACGCUCCGAAGUGUUAGUUGGUCCCGAAAAGGUGUUUCGACGGCGUCCGAGUCCAAUUGGAAAAGGAAAACACGACAAGAACAAACAUCAUCAUGAAGAAUCAGACCUCACGUUUACUCUAGAAAAUAGCCGAAUUGAAGAAGAAUUCCCUGGAGCCGCAGUGCAACUAGAGACUCCUAAAAACGAAAUUGAGAAUGGAAAUCUUGAUAUCGAAACGGAAUUUUCCAGAACAAAUGAGCACUCCGAUGUAAUUUCUACGACGGAGGCGAACAAAAAUCAGCAAACCGAUAUUGGUCGCAUGAUUGAAACUCCUGAAGAUGCUCCGAAUGUUGAGAGUUCUCAGCCGUUGUUUGUGGACCCUCUGAUCGCUGAGCUGAAGAGAUACCAAUCUGAACACGUGUUAGUAGUAGCCGAUGAUAGUUUAGAAGAAAAUUUGGCAGAUAUCCCAGAAGCUAAAUUUCAAAACGAAAAAAGUGACAAUGGUGUAAAUAUUUCUCAACUUGAGCUUUUUGAAUCCAAAUUACACGAUACCCCUAAAAACGACUCAAGUAAUUUAAUGGGGAUAGAAGUAUCUGAUAUGAGCACAAAACAGGAGGGUGAAAAUUUUGCCGAAAGUUUAGAAACGAAAACUGUACUUUCGGCUGAUCUAGACAAUUCGGCUAGUGAAUACAUCACAACUGACUUUGACACAAACGACGCUCUUGAUGAUUCAAAAGGCAAUCCGCUUGACAAAACGGACGAGCAAUUGGGCGAAUUUGCGGAAGGAAUUGACAGUAGUUCAAACUUGAAAGAAAAGCACGUUGAUUUGAGUUUCACCAUACCAAAUGCGAAUUCCGAGAAUUUACACGAAGAUGGUUGGACAAAAAUAAUUGACGAGAGACGCAAAAGUGACGCUAUUUAUGUAAGUUUUGCGCCGGUUGAUGGUUCGGAAUUUGAAUCAAGAGAAGUAAUAGAAAGUGACUUUGAACUUGAAGCGAAAAAGGACCAAGUCUUGAGCACUGAAAUUGAUCUUUCAGUGAUUGCAAGUGCUAUACAAGACCACGAACCUUUCGAGAAAAUAAAUUUCCAGCCUUUUGAUGACUUGUAUUGCUAUGAUUCAGAUAAUGCUUCUAACGCGAAUAAUUUAAGUCACAAUCAUGGAAAUAAAUUCGAAGAUGACUUGUCUUUCGCAAACGAAGAUCCAUUUGAAGUAACCUUGAGGACCCGAAUUGAUGCAGUUGAUUCUAAACCAAUCAAAUUUUCGAAUUCAGCUACGGCAGAUCGAAGGCACUCGUUAUUGAAAAUGAGCCAAAUGUCGAGCCUAGAUGAUGAUUAUAGUACAGAAUCGGGCGAAAAGUUUUUAUUUGUUGUACCUGGACAAAACAACCCGAACAAUGAUCAAACAUCGUCAAACUUUGCUAACAAGAUGAAAGAUGGGUUUGAGGAAGGCAUCUCAAAUUAUGAAAUUGCUGCUAUAGUCGAAAAUGUUUCUGAUUCCGAGGAAAUAAACAUCGAUGAAAUCAAUUUGGCUCGAUUGCAGUCGAGAUCCAAUAAUGGAUCCCCAAAUGACGGCGAUUUGAUGAUGCACGACUUUGAAAUUGUGAAAGAAGACAAUGAAAUUGACUUAAGAUCAACAUCGUUUGCAUCUGAUGUUUCUGAUUCAGAAUACUCCAUAACUUCCUUGAGUGAUUUCGAAAACAUUUUGGCCACUCAAAAACCAGAAGAUGCAGAUGAAAGCCGAGAAGGAACUCCAGACAUCGCGUGGCAUGCAGCGUUACGUAAGUUGAACUCGGAUCCUAAUGCUCCACUGAAAGCUGAGAUGGAACCGCGCGCUGAGAACCGAGUGUUGCCGACUUACUAUGGAUCCGAAUCACUGACGACACCGAUUAAUGAAGCUGAGGCAGUGCUUUCCUUGAGUAGUGACUCGGCUCCUCGGCAGUCGUACACUUCUGUGACCACUGUUCAAGACGAGACAAAAGAUGGCGAUGAGAAUAAAGAAUUGAAAAAGGACGAAAGUGACACAACUUUGAUUGUUUCGGAGUCUCUGACUGAAGAAGAUCAGAAGGCCACAAAUGAUGAUGAAAAAGACCCACUAGCAAGUUAUAUUGCGAGACCAGCGAAUCUUCGUUCAAAUGCAAACACAUUGACAGUUCAAGACGAUUCUAAUCUUGAGUUGUACAAAGAUCCGAUUUUCUCAAAGAGUCCAGUUUUUGUCGACAAAACCUCGCCGUUGACAGUAAUCGGAGCUCAUCAAGACGUUAUUUUUUCACAAGAAACCGCUUUAGAAAAAGUACCUUUCGACUCCCGAGAAAAAUUUCUGGUGUCGUCGAGCGAAAUUGAGUUGCCAGCUGUUGGUAGUAGUGGUGAUAGUUUUAAUAACCUCGAAUCAUCACCUGAAAAUUAUUUUGACAUUUUGAGAGCUAUCAAUGAAGAAACUACUUCUGAAGUCUCGGAUCAAGUCGAAAGAACCGAAAGCGAUAUGAAAUAUAAUUCAGAACAUUCUAGAACAACACGUUCGGAUAAUACCACGAAUCAGAUAACCGAACCCAUGACUUCUGAUGCGUCAGAUAUUAACCAAUCGCAGCAUUCGAACAACCACUCUGCUCAGACUAGUUCGUUCCAAUCAUUUGACCCGGGUUCGAACCAGGACUUGGACCAAAAUUUUCUAAAAGGCCAAACUUUGUUACAUAGCGAGCCGAACUCUCCGAACCUCGCCGGUGCGCGUCACUUGAGUUUUGAAAACCAAAAUAAAAAAGCUACUGAACAAAGUGGCGUAAUUUCAAAAUUGCUUUCUGAUCAAGUGGCUAGCAUACCGAGCGUGAAUAGUAACCAAAAGCCAAAUGUUUACAAUGAAGAAAAUGGUCUAUUUUUGAAGCAAUCUGAGCCGAUUAAUAAAGUUAAUUCAAACGUAGACGAAGCUAUUACUGAAACUGCUUUAAUGUAUACUUAUAGCCAAAGCUUAGAUUUACCGACUGAUCAAAAAAUCAAUGCGUUGGUUAAUGAAAAGAAUACAAAAAGCACAGAAAGGAGUAAAUAUACUAAUAGGCUGGCUUGUGACUUACCACGCGAAAAUAAAAACUCAUCAGCUGAGUUUGAACAAGUGGAGUUAAUAGUUGAUUUAAUCUCAAAGCGAGAACUGAACGCAGAAUUUGAAAACAACAGCGGCUUAGAUUAUAGUAACGGCUCAGAACUAAAAUUAAACACCGGCUCUGAAAACUCUUCAGAGGAUGAAAAAUCCUGUUCAAGUUAUGACACUAGCGUGAUUGAAACACCAUUUGGCCAACUUGCGGUGAGUAAUAAUUACUCUUUGGAAAAUAUGGGGAACACAAAAACGCCAGCGGAAAACCAGGAGGAAAAUAUAAAUCCAGCCAGAUUAUCCGGUUCAGUGUACAGCAUUGGAAGCCAGGGAAGCAGUGGAAAAAGACCGGACGAAACAAGUAACAGUACCGGUAGCGUAAACUCACCUAUUCAAUCUAGCAUUCAUUUCCACACUGGAAACCAAGUCAGUUUAAAAGAAGACGCAGUUAUACCAUGGAAAACACAACAGAAAAGUAGUCCCAAUGAUGUCGCUAAACUUGUAAACCGAAAAUCACUCUUGCCCAAAAACGACUCAAUUGAUAGCGAAGACGAUUUUACAAGAAAUGAAACUUCACAUGUGAAAGAAAGACCUCAAUCUUCGCUUUAUCUCGGAGAUUUCGACGAAUCGUCCAGUUUCUACGAUAUAUCGCAACAGCGAGAUGGCCCCAAAAAUAGUCCCAAUGAUGUGGCUAAACUUGUAAACCGAAAAUCACUCUUGCCCAAAAACGACUCAAUUGAUAACAAAGACGAUUUGACGAGAAAUAAAACUUCACAUGUGAAAGAAAGACCUCAAUCUUCGCUUUAUGUCGGAGAUUUCGACGAAUCGUCCAAUUUCUACGAUAUAUCGCACCAGCGAGAUGGUCCCAAAAGCGUAAGUUUUAGUCGUUCAAGGUCCUACUCCCCAAAAAGUGAGAAGAAACGACAAAAAGCGCCGGUUCCCAAAGUAGUUAGAAGCAUUGGACGAGCGUUUCAGAAGUUCACCGGUCGCACGAAGAGUCCAAAAAGUUAUGACUUAAAACAAGAUGGAAUCCGAGUCUUGAACGUAAGAGCGAAACCUGGAAGUCCGAUUUUAAGUGACAGAAAAAAGGAAGAAACAUCACAAAUGAAACUGCAACAAACGACCUCUUUUGACCUUGAACAAUCUGCUGAGUUUCCGAAAGGCUCUUUCACGAUUGAACAAGAAUCUGUUCACCCUCCUGACGGAUUUGCUAGCGACAGUCUUUCGGACGGUAGCGAGAAGGUUGCAAGUGCUGCUAAAAACAAUGAUACCAACUUUAGAAUCAGCCAAGAGAAUGAUUUUAGAGCUCGAAAUGAUGGAAAUGAUAAAACAGAUAGACCAAAAAAAGCUACCAAAAAGAAAGCACCAACAUUGGCCCCGCCACCGCAGUACAGAAGUGAAGACUUAACUUCAGACGAAUCAGAUACUUCGUUUUUGGCCGAACCCGACCCGAAACCGCUUCCGCGAGCUCGAAAACCAGUUUUGCCAAGACCCGAAUCCGACGAAAACGCAGAUGCAAAAGGAGCGGAAUUUAAGCAAGCUCAGAAUAGAUAUGGACGUAGUUCAAAUAAUUAUGAUGAAGAUGUUGUCCAAAGUUCAGUCCAAAUGUCAAAUUUAUUGGAACAUAGCGCACCGCCACCGCCUGGUUUUAACGAUUCCUCUAACUUAGACGUCUCCAAUUUUGACGAGCACGUUAAAGGUAACCUUGACGCGCCGAGUGUCCGUUCGUCAAUUGCCGACGAUGACGCAAUCCGAGUCGGACUGAAAAAAGACGCCAAGUUUGCAGCAGCCAGCGACUCAGAAAACGAAACACAAUCCGAAGCGAUAUCAAUUUCAGCCGAGAGCUCCAAUGAUGAAAUUUUAGAAAAAAUUAUUGAUUUAAGUUCCGAAGGUGAAACAGAUUGUUUUGACUACGCUAUGCUUCAUCCGCCUGCUAAAGAACCCAUAAAUUAUGUAAUUACACCAAUGGUCAUAACCGCUGCUGAAACUAAUUAUGUCGAAUCAUUUGAGCAAGACAGUCUAGACGACUUGACUUUUACAAGACCGACAGUUAGUGAUGGUGCGAUGCCGAUAUUUGCCGAGUUCACGAAAAUAAAACGACUCACGCUGGCCGAAGAAGUGGAACCGAUUUCUUCUGUGGUUCCGAGCGGGUUUGGCGAUGAUGAUGUUUCAACGGAGGAACUUCCAGGAUUCUUGCAGGAGCAUCCGAGUUUCAGUUCAGGUGAAGAUUCCGGGGAAUUUGUUGUGAAUGCAGAAGAUGAUAUCGUCCCUUCGUCCGAUGAUUCGCUCAUGCUAGACUCCAGUGAUAGAUUCUCGUACGAUUUCAAGGUCACGGCCGAAGAAUCAGAUAAUGAUGUAACACAUUCAUUUUCCAAUGCGGACCAAGAUGAUGCAAUUGAACCGUCGUCGGCCAAUGAAGAUGAGGAUGACAUAACUUCUGUUACAUCAACUCCAUCCGUUACGAGCUACGAUAUCGAACACGAAGGUAAAUUAGUAUCACCUGAAGUACCCACUGAUCCAACAGAUAUACAGGACAAAAAGUCCGUCUUAUUCGUUUCUAGAACCCAAAAAGACAGUUCUUUUUUGGCUGCUGAUGAUCAAUCAGAAACAAUAUCUGAAAGUGAUCAAUUUACUGAAGUAAUUACUAUGGAAUCUCGUAGCCUUCAGAAGGCGAAAAAUGAAUUAAAUGAAGACAAUUCGGACCAUCAAUCUGCCUCAGCCGAGAGCCUCGUCGAGGCGCACAUUCAGACUAGAGGAAUCCAUAAAACAAUAUCGUUCUUGGAAGUGCAAAUUGAACCUGAGAAUGUUCCAGAAGAUUCUGGAAAGUUACAGUCUGCAAACAUAGCUCUGGAUAGCUCUCAUGUUUCAACUGGAAGCCAAGUUGAACUUAGUAGCAUAGAUUCAGAUGGCGCUGUGUAUUUGGACCGAGUAAGUACCGAAAGUAUCUUAGACGAGAUCUUAACGUAUCUCGGACCGGAAAAGACCGAAGACCUGUAUCCGGACGAUGCCGUGGAUCCAAAGGAAAUCGGAUAUCCGAAAGGAGCCGAAAUCUUAGACAGUGACGAAGAGUGCAUAAGAGUGAGUCAUGAAAGCAGAGUUCUUCUCGCUCAUAACAAGCAGAUCAGUUUGUAUUCUAUCAAGACAUCAGGCUCAAUCAGUGACCACGAAACCGAAGACUCGUGGACCGAAACAAGCGAGGGAAGUCAAGUGAGAGAGCGAAAUAUCCGGACCAAAACUAAACCAGUUCCAGACACUUUCGCUCCAGCAGAGUCGCUUCUCAACAACCUCGGACAGGAGAAGCCGUUUGAACCAAUCAAGAAAACUGAAGAUUUAAAUCAACCGGAUUCAUUGGAUGAUUCGACAUUGGAUAGAUCGAUCGCCGACUCCAAUUUAGAUACUUCAGCCGACCCUAUCAGCGAGGAUUCAAUUGAGACUGAAGAGCGGAAAUUAGACCAGGCCAAUCCAGACGAGAGUUUAGACAGUAUGUUGAGCAGAUUGUUGGCUCUUCAGAGAGAGGAUUUGGAUACCCUGAAGGCAGAAAGAGAGGGGGAGGGGGAGAAAACUGAGACGACUGGGCCGAUAAACGGCAAGAAAGAGGAUCAGAACAAAGACGCUGAACUUGAGUUUGAGCGAGAUUCGAGCUCGGCAUCUAGUGACCGAGAGAAAGAUACAGCGGAAAAUAGAAUGACGGGAGCAAUGGAUGAAUCCAAUUCUGGUAUCGAAAUAAUUGAGACGCCAGGUGGUGAGCAAACUCUAGAUUCUGAUUACACCACAGCCACUGAAGAUGAUGAAGAUGAAGAGCAAUUGAGUGGAACAGCUGGUGACAAGCUGGAUUCCACUUUGGAGGGGGAGACGAAAGACAACGAGAAAGAAGAAAAAAUUAAACCCAACAAUGAGGCUGAAAACGAGCAGUUGCAGUCGGCAGUUGUUGCUGACUUUAACUCCGACGACAUUCAGACCACCAAAGCAAGGCCCUUGUCUAUUGUGACUACAUCUGAGAGCGAGUUUACAGAGCAGAAUGAACUCGAAAUAGAAAAUGCUCAACAGGGUGAGCCUGAGUUGGAAAGAUCCUUCACCAAAGCUAGACCUCUCUCUGUUGGUGAUUCAUCCGAUAGUGGAGACGAAAGUGAGCAGGAACAGAAACAGGGGGCAGAAUCGACCGAAUUUAACCCAGACGAAGUUGAGACGACUACGGCAAGACCACUGUCUCUAGCUACUACUUCAGAGAGUGAAUUGGCAGAACCAAGUGAAACAAAUCUUAUCAUCACAGAAAGCACCCAGCAGAGUCAAGAAGAAGAACAUUUCAAGAAAGCUCUUCCUGUCUCCGCCGAGGUCAGCGAAGAAGAAUCUGAGGACAUAGGUCAAAAAUCAGCGGAGGAAUCCGUUGAGAACUCAACUGGCCUCCAACUCCAAACUGAAUCACAAACAGUAACCGAGACGAACGCUUACAGCAACUCGGACGAAACGACGGUUCAAACAGUAAAACCGAGACAAACAGCCGAAGAUACUGAGUACUCGUCGUUGGACCGAUUGGAGGGAAAUUUUGAAAUCGAAGCAGAUGAGUCAAUUUCGACCAAUCAGGAUACGUUUGAAGUCAUCAGUCGGCAAUCAGAGGAUGAAGCAAGUGAGAAAAAGGACGACUCAGAUUCCGAGAGGACAUUAAGCGACUCGGACGAAGAGGUGAAUGCCUCACCGGCUAAUAAAGUUAUGUCAUCGAGUGCGGUUUUGAGUUAUGAUGACGUAAGCGAACCAAUGGAACUUUCCGUGAUCCGCGAGGAGCCUUCGGUUUUGGAGUCGGAUGACACAGAACCAAUUUCAACUGCAGCGACGGCAAUGAGUUUAAUGAGACAUCAAAGCUUUGACGCUGUUAAAGAAGAAAUAGAGGCAGAAACUUCUGCUAAAACGCCAUUGGCUGACGAGAACAUCCAGGAACAUGACGUCAUCAAUGGCACUUUCAGUGUUGAAGAAAAGGCGAACGAUACGAAAUCUUCGUGGGAAACAGAUUCUGAAGGUGUAAAAUCAGCCGAUAGCUCUUUUCAGGAUAUUGAAAAUAAAAAUAAAUCAAACAGCGGGGUUGAUGAGGAUAAUAUACCCGUUGCUAUUGAUUCAACAGCUAAACGGUUGGAGUCGGGUGUCAAAAUAGACGGUAUGAAUGAACAAAACAUUUCGCGAGAAUCAGCUGAUAUUUUGAAAGAAUCGGUUGAAAAAGUUGAACAAAGUUUUGAAAAGCAUGAAAAUGAAGUUGACAUAGAAAGUGAUUCCGAUGCCUCUGAUUCGACGUUCGAAGGCGAUGAAAUCAUAAAUACUUCUGAAGUGAAGCAAGAAACAAGUUUCGAAAACAGCAACCAAGAAGACAUCGAGAAUAAAUUUGAUGUUUCUAACCAAUCAGAAACAAGCUCUAUCGAACAAGCGGCUGAGAACGAGCAUCUAAUUGGUACAAACGUUGAACAAAUUGCAACUUAUGCCGAAAAGGAAGAUCGGCUAAGAUCUGUGAAUGAAAGUGAAAAGAACAACAAACAACAAGAAAAAGAAGAUUCAUUUGUUCAAAUCUCGCUUCAAAGGUCAAGUGACAUGCGAAGUGAAGACGAUAGAAGCGUCUCAGAAAAACAAGAUGCGGAAGUAAAAGAAGAUAUUGAAGUCAACAACGAAAAAGAUUUAACUGAUAUUUCAACUAUUAAUGACGACAAAAGCGAAAAGAUUAAAUCAAAUGUUGAAAACUCAGAAGGCAUUGAAAAAAUUUCAAAAUCGGGUGAUUCAUCAUAUACAACUGAUUCGACCUUUUCCGAGGAAGAAAAAUUUGAGUUCGUUUCACCUGACUCUAGAAACGUGCAAAUUGAGAACUUGAUUACAGAACAACUGAAAGCUGAUUCUGUUAAAAAUGCACCCGAAACAAAACUGGAUUCCGAUGAUUCGAACGAAGAAUUUGAAAAAGACCAGAACACGCAAAUUCCAGUUCAGUCUGAUGUACUGCAUGCUACCGAGGAUUCUGCAGACGAUCACAUUCAUCAAUCCAGAGAAGCAAAUUCAACUUUUGAAUCGGAAUCGAACACGCCGGAUCAAUGUGUUGAAUUCAAUUUGGUACAGAACACAAAACAAGAGAGUGAAGAUGAAAAAUCCAAAUCGAGUCAUGCUAAAGAUGUCGAAGAUUCUUCAGAUGAAUCGGAAGACGGACUCCUAGGAGCAGCAGUUGUUCCAGUUUCUGAAAUGAACAAGAGUAACGAUAGCACUGAAACUCACGAUGACAUGAAAGAGAGAUCUGAGGACCAAUUGGAUUCCACUUUUGAGUCAGAGGUUGGAGAUGAAUUUAAAGAAGCAGUUGUUUCCGUUUUAGAGCCUGAAAAGAGCAACGAAGCUGACAAAAAGUUGGAAUCGUCUGUUAAUUCGGAGCUAGAAGUUUUGAGGGAAGUGGUGAAAACAGUUGAAGUAAUCAACGUAUCCAAUGAAAUUGCCAAAGAUCUUAAAGAGUUGUCUGAAAACGAAGAAUCAAAUUUUUCCAACGAUGAAGAAUUUGGGAAUCUCAAUGCUUUGUCUGCUGUUGAAAGAUCAGAUAAUAAAGACGAUCUUUCAGAAAAGACGAACAUCGACAAACCAAACGUGGAACCUAGUUCUGACUCUGAAAAUAAAGGAGAUACUAGCAACGAAGACCUAAUAAGAGAGCAAUUGAAAGUUGAUUCUGUUAUAAGUGCAUCCGAAACAAAGUUGGAUUCCGAGAAAGAUUCCGAUGAUUCGAACGAAGAAUUUGAAAAAGACCAGAAGACGCAAAAGAACAAAUUCCAAAUUCCAGUUCAGUCUGAUGUACUGCAUGCUACCGAGGAUUCUGCAAACGAUCACAUUCAUCAAUCCAGAGAAGCAAAUUCAACUUUUGAAUCGGAAUCGAACACGUCGGAUCAAUGUGUUGAAUUCAAUUUGGUACAGAACACAAAACAAGAGAGUAAAGAUGAAAAAUCCAAGUCGAGUCAUGCUAAAGAUGUCGAAGAUUCUUCAGAUGAAUCGGAAGACGGACUCCUAGGAGCUGCUGUUGUUCCAGUUUCUGAAAUGAACAAGAGUAACGAUAGCACUGAAACUCACGAUGACAUCAAAGAGAGAUCUGAGGACCAAUUGGAUUCCACUUUUGAGUCAGAGGUUGGAGAUGAAUUUAAAGAAGCAGUUGUUUCCGUUUUAGAGCCUGAAAAGAGCAACGAAGCUGACAAAAAGUUGGAAUCGUCUGUUAAUUCGGAGGUAGAAGUUUUGAGGGAAGUGGUGAAAACAGUUAAAGUAAUCAACGUGUCCGAUGAAAUUGGCAAGGAUCUUAAAGAGUCGUCUGAAAACGAAGAAGCAAAUUCUUCCAACGAUGAAAAAUUUGGGGAUCUCAAUGCUUUGUCUGCUGUUGAAAGAUCAGAUAAUGAAGAUGAUCUUUCAGACAUGGUGAACAUAAAUAAAUCAAACGUGGAAGCUAGUUCUGACUCUGAAAACAAAGUAGAUGUUAGCAAAGAAGACUCUCGUGAAGAAAUCAGCGACUCUGAAAAGCCCAGUUUGGAACCUGAUAUGCCUUAUGUAAACGUAUCAUUCAAUAAGGAUUCCUCGAACGAUAUAAGUGAAGAUAAAGUCAAUUCUUCAAACGAAACUGAACCUGGUGUAUUAAGCGCAGAUGCUGCUCCAAUUGAUCAAAUGAACAGAAGUGACGAAAUAUCAGACAAAAAUGAUGAAUUGAAUCGCAGCAAAGAUUUUGAUUCUUUUGUAGAUAGCGAGAAAAACGUACCCGAAGAAAUGCCCAUUAAGCCUGAAGACAACGGAGCAAUUACGGAGGCUGUUAUUGCCAAUUCUGACUUCGCUAAAAGCAGGGAAUCUGAAUCAUUAGCUGAAAGUGAAGAUGAUCUUUUAAAGAAUGCAGUUGUCCCAGUGGAAGAAACAAACGCCAGUGAUCUGGUUUCUCAAAAAUCCAAAGACGUUGCCUCGUUAAAAGAAUCCGAUCUGAUUGAAAACGAGCAAGCUUCAAUUGAUAAACAUCUUGAAUUAAAGAAAACGCCAGAACAACUUAGCGAUGAAGAGAACUCGGACCUUAUUCACGUCAACAAAUCUGGUUUAGCGAUGGAAUCGGAAAAUGAAGGCUGGAAAACAGCCACUCUGUCAGAUGAAGAUGAUGAUGUUCAAAAUUUGAGCACACCUACCAAUCAAAAUCAAGAAGCUGAAAACAACCAGAAGAAAGAACUUGAUUCAUCAGUCGAAUCAGAAGAUGGUGUCCUAAAAGAAGCAAAUGCUCCGACAAACGUGCUGAAUCAAAUGAAUCAAAGCAAAGAAGCUGCCAGCAAUAAUCAAAGCAAUGACUAUGAUUCUACUUUUGAAUCUGACAGCGACGGAGAACUGAAACAUGCGGCUGUGCCUGCUACUGAACUAGAUACGAGCUUUAGAGUCGAGGAAGAUGACGAUCAUUUAAAAUCUGGCAGGCAUUUGGAGUCUCCUAUUGAGUCGGAAGAUGAUAUCUUACACCAUGCAGUUGUACCUGUCGAAGAAGCAAAUGGAUCUCUAGGUUCCAAUGAAAUAGAAGCUGGUUCGAAGGGUCAGAAACAGUUGGAAUAUUCAGUUGAUUCAGAUCAACAAGAAUCUGAUAGUUUGAAAGUUCAACUCGAAGACAACAAAGCGAUCAAAGAAACUGCCAUUGGUACGCUAGACUUCGAAAAACACGAAGAGUCUGACUCAUCAAUAAAGCGAGAAUAUGAAAAUUUUAAAAUCACAGAUGAUGAUAUUGUAAUAGAUGACGCAAAAGGUAUCAUCAAACAUCAAGGUGUUCACCAAGAAAGUGAUUCAUCUUCUGAUGAAGAAAAACAAGAUCAAGGCAGUGAAAAAGAUCUUUCGGAUAUGGUCAAUAUAAACAAAUCUGAUUUUACUGCGGACUCUGAGAGAGAUGUUUCCAAACCAGACUCCGUUUCGAAAGACAAGAAAGAAGUUGAAAAUGCAGAUGAUACGCUGGAACCCAAUGAUAGAAGAGAAAUGAGUUCUGCUUCUGGAGAAAAAUCGAUGAAUCGUAGCAAAGAUGUCGAGAGGUCUUUGGGACCGGAGCCACUUGUUGUACCAAUAGUACAAAAUACAGAAUUCAAAGAUUUAAAACAAGAUGAGAUUCAAGUUGCCCCUGAAAAUAUUGAAAACAAUUUGGAGUCGAAAUUGGAACAAGAAAUUGAAGACGACUCAAACGAUUCGGAAAAAGAUCAGCUUAAAAUGGCAGUUGUUCCGGUCGAAGAAUCGAACCAAUCCAAGAACAAUGAAGAAGGAAAUCGUCAUCAAAAUAUCGAGCAAACUGAAACUAGUAUUCCAGUUGUCAAAUCAGUUGACCAACUCAAACUUAAAAUGCACAAGCAAAACAAAGUUGAGUCAUUAGAAAAAUCCAGUGACUUGGCAGACGAUAAAUCUAGGAAAGAAGAUGAAAGUUUUCUAAUAGACGGUGAUGGCCUUGAAAUACAGAGUGGGUCUAGUAUGAACUUACAGAAGUCAAGUGAGCAUCCAACUCUGGAUAUGAAUGAAUCGGCGUCUGACUUUGUACCAGAACUGGAAGCUUUUAACUCAAGUCCGAUCGACAAAAAGUCAUUCAACUUUGAAAGUCUUCCUGACAAUCAAAACCUUUUUGAUGAAAAACCAAGUGAGCUUAAACCAGAAGGAAAACCAGAAGAAAGUGUCGACGAUGGUUUGGAAAGCGAAGAAGAAGAACGCGUAAAACUAGAAGAAAAUGCGAAGGUCUCGGAAAACAACGAAGAAGAAGUUAAUGCAUCUGGAGAACUGACAAAAGAAUCGAAGGACAAAAUGUCAGUUUCAUAUGAAACAUCGUCUGAUAAAUUGAAAACUGUGUCUGACAUCAGUGGUCUAAUUACGCUCUCAGAUGCUGAAAAUGUUUCGGCCGAAAAAUUAGAUGAGGAAAUUCUCGAUCAAUCUAAAGAAAAAGCGGUUUCAGCGUUGAUCGAAAAAGACAAACAAGAAAACGAAAAAUUGGCAGUCGAUUUUCAAAACGAAGUAUCAAAAGAAAGAAAAGAGGAUGAAGAAUUAGAAAAGAAGGAAGAAUUACACAAAGAUCAAUUUGUUUCAGAAGACAUUAAUUACAGUGACAAGUCAUCAAUUGUUGAGAUUGACUAUUUGAAGGAUCCGAAAGACUCGGAUCACGAGAAGACGCUUGAUGAAUCAGAUUCCGAGGAUGACAGUGAAACUGAGCGUGAAGAGAAAAUAGCGACAGUCAAGGAGUCGCCACCUCGUGAUGGAGGUGAAAAUGUCGUGAACAUUGGUCAGAAAUUAACUGAAAGUGAAUUGAGCGCUGAAAAUGAAUUCGAAAAUCCUCAAAAUACAAGUGCAGAUGAAAGAAUUGAAAAAGUCGAGAGUGAUUUGACCGGUUCAAGUGAUGAUGAAGAUGACGAUGAAGAUGAUAAGUCUUCAGAAAAACUUGAAAUAUUAUCAGAAAAGGAACCAAGUUCUGACAAUGAAACAAAAUCAGAACAAGCACAUGAUAAGAUAGUUGAGUCUUUUAAAACAGCAGCUGAAGAAACAACGGAGAAACUAGAUGAAGUAAAGGAUGCCGGAAUCCCAUCAGAAGAACCAAUUAGGACGGACAAUCAAGUUGAACCUAAUUUGGAAAGUGUUCCUAAGUUUGUACCAGAGCAGGUUCCAGUCUCUCUGCGUGCAAGUGAGACCAAGCAAAUCGAGCCAAUCGAAAAGAAAACUGGCGAAAACAAAUCACAAUCAGAAUCAGAAGAAUCAUUAGAUGUUAAUGAAGCUCAGAAAACCGAAAAGAGUGUGCUCGUUGAAGAUCAUCACAUAUCAGAUUUAGUCGACAAUUUGGUCGAAGAUCAAAGUGAGAACAAAGACGAAGCCGAGCUGAACGAAGUUGGCGAGCAAAGUCCAGAUGAGUCAUCUUUGACAUCUUACGAGGAGGUUUCAAUCAAUUCCUCAGAAGACGAACAGCAAAUUGAAGAGCAACAGUUUGAUACUGAAAAGAAACUGAUACCAGUUACUGACAAGACGGAAAUUGGCGACCAGAUUGAAGAAGAAUUACGGAAAGAAAAUGUCAAAAUUGAGAUUAAAGAUCAGAAAACUCUUUACCAGAAUCAAGGAUCACUUGAUGAUAAUCUAACAGAAAGUGAAUGGUCGGCAAACGACAACGAUGAAGCCAAAAAUGUCAAAUAUCUGGAAGACGAGUUAGAGAGAGCAGGUCUUUCGCCUCAGAAAUCAUGGACAGAAGAAAUGAGCGCUGCGAGCAAAGAUGGCAGAGUCCAAGACAUAAGGCGUGAUUCGAUUCCCGAAAUCCGAGACGAGGACAAAUCAGACGCUAGCUCUGAUCUAGAAACUGAAUCCGAGAGAGAAAAAGAGUUGCCACAGUUCCCGAGGUCAAUUUUCAGUUUCCGACCGCAAAACGACGAUGUGUUGUCGAAGAGUUCAGACGGGGAAAUGUUUAUAACCCAACCAAAUACCGAGAGACAACUUGAAUCGAAACCGGUUGAGUCGGACGAUGAUUUUGAAACAGAUGCAAUCAAUAUUUCCCUAAAACAUGGAGAUGAGCAAAAACUGUUUGACUCGGCUUCCGAUUUAACCCCCGUUAGCCCAAGAGAAGUCGGCACCCAGUCGUGCUCAGUCGCAGUUACCGAGAAGCUACUCUCGGAUCCAAUAAACUCCAAAGUGAAUUCGGUUCUUGCUCUGGACGAAGAACGACCGACUGAUAAUGUAAGUCUGCACCGAGUUGAUUCGUGGACAUCCGAGUCAGUUGCUUGUCCUGAAGCAAAGGAAGCUGAACGUAGUCCGAAGUUUAUUGCUGAGUUGGUUCCCAGAGACGAAGUGUUUGAGUUCCCAGAACAGCAGAUUGAAGAUGAAGAUAGCAAACCUAACGCUAUUGAACUAGUAGAGUCAGCUUUGAACUCAAUUCCUGAAGUUGAAAUUCCUCAGAGUCUUGAAUCGAAUAAUCGAGACAAUCAUUUCAAAAACUUCGAUUGGAGAAACUUCGAACUACCUUCCCCUACUCUUACAAGGUCAAAUAUGUUCGAUUUCUCGAAAUCGCCUCAGAAUAACAAAGAAUCAGAAAAUCAAGACAUCGAAUUGCAGCAAAAUAAUUUGUCAUCGGAACAAAUUGAUGAAAUGCUAAACACGCCCGUUCAAGAUCUGAUUAAACGAUUUGAGACCUCAAAAUUGAAAGCUAGCGAUGAACCUAGGAUAAAAGAAGCACCGCCGGUGAGGAGUAAGUUCUCCACAACUGCCAUCAUAGUUCCCCCCGAGCGUAACGAGAAGCCAAAGGAACCGGAAAGAGUCCAGAAGUCCCAACCAGAACCCGAAGAUGAAGUCGUGCCGAUCUCGUCGAGAGGCGUGAACUCAGAACCAGCGAGAGACGACAGUUUCGACGAAAGUGCUCUUCCCGAAAUGCCCGAUGUGUACAAGAUAGCAGAGCGAGUACUGCGGGAGGCACAGGAAGUAGCGAGGGAAUCGAGGCUGAAUGUGAACAACAUGCCUGUUUACGAAUUGGGGAGCCCGUCAAGUGAACAAGACUCUUCACUUCACGAUGAGUCUGCUUCGAGAGGCAGUCGGCAAAGUGAACCAACUCAUGUGCAUUUGAGUGGACCGUGUGUGAUGCCUAUUUAUACUCAAUUAGGCGAAAUGGUCGCCAAAGCGAAAGCUCAUCUGCAGGCAGUUGAAAGACGGUUGGACGACCAGGUCGGGUACAGACGAAGCACUACCUCACGAAGCGCAGACAUUUCAUUCUCCAGCAUCAGCGUGCACUCCACACAUGUCGAAGAUACAAAUAUGCAGCAAUUGGAAAGUAUGCUACGUGAGGUCGAAGAGUUGGAGUUGCAGCUGGGUGAACAGCAUUCCUCAGAGGGAGACUCCCCCCUCCAGCUGACACAUGUGAACAACUACUCCCCCUCCCAAUCGAGGAACAGUCUGGAGUUCGACUACCACGAAGAACACUCCAACACUCUCGAUAUGAAGAGGAAACGAGGAAGAGGCGGACUGAGUGAGAUCGAAGUUGAAUUGGCCGAACUGGAGGAGAUUCUGAAGCAGAGUCAAGCUAGUAGUGACAUGCAGCUCAUCGAGCAGAAACUGAAUCAAGUCGAAAAGGGACUCCACUUGGCUAAUCAGAGAAACACUCACUCCGAACAUGCGGUUGCCGAAUUAGAGAAGGAAGCGGGAUCUCUAGCUCAAGAGUUCAACUCGUCUCUGAAGAAAUGAUCAACGAAAGCCUCAAACAGAUUAUCAAACAUAUCAAACUACCCAGAAAUUGGACACAUAUCAGAGCGACCUUGAACUCCAAAACCAGAUGUAAUUCUUUCGCCCUCUUGCGGGGUCGCAAUCCAGCUCAUGCUUUCCAGGAUGACUCGUCGUCUUCAAUUUGCACACUCAACUAUAUCAACCCCAGAUCAAAAUCAGCUACUGCUAAUCUGUCUUAAUCUUGUUACAAAUCAAGUCUAAUUUAGGAUACAAAUUUGUAGAAAUUACCUUAUAUGGAUGUGAACAUUUGGAUACAGAGUUAAUUUAUUUUACAUCAAGUUA